UCUUCUCAAUAACUUCCUUUGAUCUUCAAAACUAUGACUUGGCUUACUAGGAACUUAUUAUUUAAAUAGUUCUUGUGGCAUUUCAGUGAUCAACAUCAUUUCUCAAUCUGUUUUAACUGAGAGCUUGGAGCUACAAGUUAUAAUCCAAUAGAUAUCAUGGCGCCAAGAACCCUGAAACCAGAUAUGGAGAAGACUAUGAAAGUGAAAUUCCCAGUCAAACGAGUGAAAGCAGAGAUGGGAAAAAUAAAAGCUGAUCAAGAACGCAUAGGAAAGAAGCAAAGAAAAAUAAGAGGAAAGUUUGGAGAGAUUGAAAGGCAAUGCGAUCAACUCAAAGAAGAAACUGAAAUGGUUAUCAAGCAAACAGCCAGGACCCAAAUUAAGGUCGCUCUCAUGUUCAAAAUCUUGAAGGCCCGGGAAGGUGGAGAUUUCAAUGAAGCUGCUAAGCUCACUCACUUCCUUCGUGAGCUUGUCGCCAAUGAAAGAGAUCAACCCCAAAUAGGGAAAAAACAAGCAAGCAAAAGCAUCUAGCAGCGGCAAACUUCAUACGACGGCUGAUCAGCUUUUAAUAAGUUGGUCUAAUAAAAUUUGCUGCCUCUGGUCUAAUAGUUGAUGUUCCACUAGAUUACCAUUAAGCGUUUUAAGUGUUUUUUACAAAGUAUAAAGGUUUGAAAUUGUGUAAUUUAAAUAUGUACUGUCGUAUUAUUAAGCAAAUGUAUUUUAAAUUUUAUA